ACCUAAUGAGGAACGAAAUGAGAGCUUACAAAACCCCUCAUUGGCGCGGGACGGACAGUCGUGUCCAUUUUGGUUGACAAAAUUGUCACUGAAGUGGGCUGCUAUCUUUGCUUAUGGUCUUCCAAUUUAUCAACCAGAGUUCUGUGUACAUUCAUCAUAGUGCCAGAACAAGACCAGCACCCACAGCAGCAGCAGCAGCAGCAACAGCAGGAGGAGGAGGAGCAGAAGAAGCAGAAGCAGAAGCAGAAGCAGAAGCAGAAGCAGCAGCAGCAGCAGCAGCAGCAGCAGCAGAAGCAGAAGCAGAAGCAGAAGAAGAAGAAGAAGACGAAGAAGAAGAAGGAGGAGGAGGAGGAGGAAGAGCAGAAGCAGAAUCACUAGAUACACAGGACUGUUAUCAAUGGCCUUGAGACUCCAUCCCUUUAUCUUAUCAUUACCCCAGAUCACCACCCACCCAUAACUCCCUUCAAACUCUUAAAGGUAAAAUACACCCCAUCCUCUCUUCCACACACCACACAGGAGGCAUAUCAACGUCACUUUUUCCAGCUCUGUCCCCCAGCACACUUUCCACCACACAGGAGGCAUAUCAACGUCACUUCAAUUCGUGUUAAUGAAGCCACAACUCCUCCUUUCGCCGUCCUAAUGACCACCUACUCCCUGUCAAACCAGUUUGCUCGCCUUCCUCUCCGUUACAUUGGUAGCACUCCUGCUUGCAGUAGUCCCUUCAGCACAACUACUACAACUAAAGCACCUUAAUGCACCACCAGUACCUUUUUUUUUUUUUUCCGCCCAGGCAAACUUGACAUUCGAAAUCGCGAUCGAUAAUCCCAGUUCUUCAGAUGAACAGUACUACUGAAGCAGAAUGGCUGGCGCCGCAAAAAGAAUAAAAGUGCAUCGAUGGU